AUGUGUUCUUACUUUUUGAUUCCGAAGAGAUAUCUUCAGCUAGAAUCAUCGGAAGCCAUUGCCAUGGAGCUCAACGUUGAUUUACUUGGAAAUGGACAAAAGCAAGAGAAGAGAAGAGCAUCAAAAUUCAUAAACAAUAUGGAGCCUCAGCCUGUCUUUUUCCGCCUUCUUUAUUCGUUUCACUGCCCAACAACCACUUGGGCUCUAUUUUAUUUAUCAGACUUCCAUGACUUCCAGCUCACUGUCUCGUACUCUGAAUUAUUCAAUUUCACUGAUUAUACACAAUCUCCAUCUCCUUUUCUUUCUUUCUUCCCAGAAUUUCCAUUUUUGGCUUCUUCAAUCCUCUCUUCAGCUUCUUUAUCAUUAUUUCAUCAUGUCUGUCAUUGGAGAGGCUGUUCUUUCUGUGUUUUUGGAGCUGUUGGGGGGCAAGUUGCUCAACUCUGCGCUCAAAUUUUGUUAACCCAUGCCGAGGAGAAGCAGAUCAAGAACGAGGGUGUGAAGAAAUGGUUGGACGACUUCCAAGACUUGGCUUACGAUGUGGAUGACAUCUUAAACGAGUUUGCUUAUGAAGAGUUACGUCUCAAGCUCCAAAAAACUCAAUCUCAAGCCAGCACUAGCAAGAUACGGAGUCUCAUUCCUACCUGCUGUACCAGUAGUAAUUUCAGUCCCACUUCUUUUCAGUUUAAGAAAUCUACGAUUCCAAAGGUGAAAGAGAUCACUGAUAGAUUGAAUAGUUUGACUACUCGAAGACGUAGUCUGGGGUUGAGUGACAUCUUGUCUCAAGCUCCAACCUCUAAGGGAAAGCAACCCAGGCUGCAACCAACUUCCGUACUGGAUGGAGUUGUGGAGUAUGUUGGUAGACAGAAGGAGAAGACAGAAAUGAUAGAGUUGCUCAAAGGUAAUAACUCCAAUGGAGUUUCACUUGUUUACAAUGAUGCCACCAUCAACGAGUCUUUUGAUCUCAAGGCCUGGGUAUGCGUUUCUGAUAAUUUUGAUGCAAUUGCUAUAACAAAGACAAUUUUGCAGUCCAUCACUUCUGAGUCAUGUGAUUACAGUAACUUGGAUUUACUUCAAGUUAAGUUGAAGGAGAAGUUGUCUAGGAAAAGAUUCUUGCUUGUUUUAUAUAACAUUUGGAACGAGAAUUAUAAUGAUUGGACCAUCUUACGGUCUCCGUUUGGAGCAGGGACCACUAUCAUUGUAACCACUCGUCUUCAAAUUGUUUCAUCUAUUGUGGAUCCGCUCAAAGCUUUUCAUUUGGAUAAGCUAUCAGAUGAUGAUUGUUUAUCCAUAUUUACACAGCAUGCAUUAAAAGCAAGAAAUUUCGGUGGACAUCCCCAGUUCAAAGAAAUUGGAGAGAAAAUUAUUAGAAAGUGCAAUGGCUUGCCUUUGGCUGCAAAAGAUAUUGGAAGCUUGCUACGCAAAAUUAAAUAUCAUGGAGAAUGGGAAAGAAUAUAUGAGAGUGAGAUAUGGAACUUACCAGAAGAACAGUGUGGCAUAAUUCUAGCUUUGCGAUUAAGCUACCAUCAUCUUCCUUCUUACUUGAAACGAUGUUUUGCAUAUUGCUCCAUACUUCCUAAAGAUUAUGAAUUCGAAGAAGAAGAAAUUAUCUUGUUAUGGAAAGCAGAAGGUCUCUUGCAACAAAAAGCUAUGCCUCAAGUUAAAGAUAUUGGAAAUCAAUAUUUUCAAGAUCUAGUGUCAAGGUCAUUUUUUCAGAUAUCCAGUAAAGAUGAGUCCCGAUUUGCAAUGCAUGACCUUAUCAAUGAUUUAGCUCAAGUAGUUGCAGGAGACAUAUGCUCCAAACUGGAGGGUGAUAUGCAACAAAAGUUUUCAAAUCGCACUCGACAUUCUUCUUAUAUUGCCAGAACAUUUGACACCGUGAAGAAGUUUGGAGCAUUUAAUCAAGUGAAAUCAUUACGUACUUUUCUACCUUUACGGUUGUCACGCUAUCGGAGGUCUUUUUUAACUAAUGUUGUUUUGGUUAAUUUGUUGCCAAAACUUGGCUACUUAAGGGUGCUUUCUUUGAGUGGGUAUAUCAUCACUGAGUUGCCUGAUGUUUUUGAAAAUUUAAAACAUCUUCGCUACUUGAAAUUUUCUUACACUGAUAUCAAAUGCUUACCUGAUUCUUUGUGUACUCUCUACCAUUUGGAAACUUUAUUAUUAAAUCACUAUUCCAAGCUUCAAAAGCUACCCUCAAAGAUGGAAAAUCUUGUUAACUUGCAUUAUCUUGAUAUCAGAAGUGCACACUCAAUAGAAAGGAUGCCUUGUGGAAUUGAUAAGCUAACCAAUCUUCAAAGGUUAUCUGAUUUUAUCAUAGGGGUAGAUGAUGGACCUCAUAUCAGAGAAUUGAAAUAUUUGUCAAACCUUGAAGGUGAUUUCCGUCUUUCUGGGUUGGAGAAUGUUAAUGGCCAAGAUGUAGAGGAAGCCAAAUUAAAUGAGAAGCAGGGGAUUGAUCGAUUGGUAUUGCAUUGGAGUAAAAAGUUUGAGAAGGAUUCAAGGAAUAAAGAAGAUGAAUAAUGGGUGUUGGACUCUCUUUGUCCUCCAAAAAAGAUUAAGCAACUCGUCAUUGAGAAUUAUAGUGGUGCAAAAUUCUCUACUUGGUUUGCCGAUUCUUCCUUCAAGAAUAUGUUGUCAUUGAAGCUUCACAAUUGUAAAAAUUGCAAAUCCCUACCAUCAAUUGCGAGGUUGUCAUUUUUAAAACACCUUUCAAUUGGUGGUUUGGAUGAGAUACUUAAGAUUGGUGCUGAGUUGUUUGGAGCAUAUCAAUCGAAUGCAUUUACAUCAUUAGAGACUCUAUGUUUCAAGAGUAUGCCAAACUGGGAGGAGUGGGACCCAUGUGAAGGUGAUGAGCAAGCUUCGAAAUUCCCCAGCCUUCAUGAGCUUUCAAUUAGAGAAUGUUCUCAAUAAGGAAGGUUGCCAACCGUUCUUCAAUCCUUGCAGAAACUUGUUAUCUAUGAGUGUAGAAGGUUGGUAGUUUCAAUUUCAAGUUUUUCGUCUCUAUGUGAAUUAAGCAUUGAAAGGUGUGAAGAAUUGGUGGAUGAAGGCUCUUCUUCUGCAGAGGAGGUUACCUCUUUGAAAAGUGUGUCUCUUAAAAGCAUUUCAAAGUUUGACAUUUCAGCAGAGAAGACAAUGUGGAGAUUUGCAAAUUCAGAAGAUUUUAACAUCUCUGAUUGCAAAGAGUUAGAAAAUUUAUCAGAAACUGGGUUAAGAUUAGGCAGGCAUCGUUUCGUCAGGAUUAUGUAUUGUCCCCAAUUGGUCUCUUUGGAAACAGAGGAGGAGAGAUUGCAACUUGACAAGAUUCCGGGUGUUGAAUCUCUGUUAAUAGUGGAUUGUGAACGGCUCAAUAGACUACCAGAAAUCUUACAUGCUUUCACAUUCUUUACAAGAAUGGGACUUAAAGGGUGCCCAAGCUUGGUUUGUUUGUCAGACAGUAACUUUCUCCCUGCUUUAAAAGAGUUGGAGAUUCGAAAUUGCGAGAAUUUGCAAUAUUUGGUUGAUGAAAAAGAAAAUAAUAAUAAAAGGAGUAGCAAUACUUGUCUGCUUGAGCAUUUGAUUAUAAGAGAAUGUCAUUCUCUAAUAUGGUUAUCAUCAAGAGGCGAUAUAUGCAAUCGGCUUCAAUAUCUCGAAAUUGAAAAUUGUUCCAAGCUAAGUAACUUAUUUUUAAAUGCCAAGUUACCAGUAAUGCUUAAACAUCUAGAUAUUUGGAAUUGUCCGGUGUUGGAAUGCAUAGCCCAAGAUUUCCAUGAAACUGUUGAUCUCAAAAGUAUUAGAAUUUCUGAUGCUGAAAAUAUUAAAUCUUUACUGAGAGGAUUAGACAAGCUCAGCUAUCUUCAAGACAUUGAACUUUAUGGAUGUCCAAGUCUGAUUUCAUUUGAAGAAAGUGGGUUACCCACCACAAAUCUCAAAGUUUUCUCAAUUACCAAUUGUGAAAAUUUUGGAGCCCUUCCCAGCUGCGUCAACAAUUUCACCUCCCUUCAAGAAUUAAAGGUGUGGAACUGUUCGGCUGACAUAUCCUUUCCAGAAGAGGGUUUCCCUACCAACCUCACAUCACUUGAAAUCUCAAACGCACCCAAAAUUUCUACAUCACUUGUUGAAUGGGGACUUAACAGACUCACCUCUCUUCAAGAACUCAAAAUCAACGGAGAGGGAUGCUCAAAUGUGGUGUCAUUUCCUAAAGAAGGGAUAGGAAGAAUGCUGCCUCCUCUCACAUCUAUCUGCAUUGAAAAUUUUGGGAAUUUGGAAUUCAUGUGCUCUAAUGGCUUUCAACAUCUCACCUCUCUUCAAAUAUUGCAAAUCUAUCGUUGUCCUAAGCUCACAUCUCUUCCUGAAAAAGAUACGCUUCUCUCGCUUGAGCAGCUACAUAUUUCCAAUUGUCCGUUGCUAGAAGAAGGGUGCAGUAGGGGUAAAGGACGAGAGUGGUCCAAGAUUGCUCACAUACCUUGUGCAUUUGGAAGAAAUAUUGGUGACAAAAUUCCCAUGGAGUAUCUCUUUCAAAAGACUCCUGGUACUCUUUAA